AUGGCUCAGACGCAGCCAUUGUUCGUGCUUCAAGUGCCAACUGCUGUCAACCCAGGCGCUCAGCAGAAGCCCAUCGGCAGCUUCAUCUGCACUGAAGCCGCGCCUCAAGUCUACCUGCUUGCCUUCUCGGAUGCGCCUGACAACCGCCUUACACCAUCCUUCAAUGCCACAUUCCUCCUCGCCCUCGAUAUCAUCGAACACCGACUGCCUAAGGGGGUCGUCAUCACUACUUCCUCGAUCACCAAGUUCUACUCCAAUGGUCUUGACUACGAGAAUGCCGUCAAAGACCCGAACUUCUUCACUGGAAUGGCCCUCAUCAACGGGCAUGCAUUUGCAGGAGGCUUGAUGACGGCCAUGAUGCACGACUAUAGAAUCAUGAACCCCCACAAAGGCUUCGUCUGUCUUAAUGAGCUCGAUUUCGGUGCUCCGCUUCAGCCAGCAAUGGCAUCUGUUUUCCGAGUCAAGCUUAAUCUGUCUACGUUCCGCAACAUGGUACUCGAGAGCCGACGGUACCCAGCACUCGAGGCGCUGAAGGAGGGAAUACUAGAUGGCGUCGGUGGACUCGAAGAGACACUGGCUUUCGUCCACGAAAUGAAACUGGCACAGAAGGCGCAGGGCAAGUCGUACGGCUUGAUCAAAGAAGAAAUGAACCGAGAAAUCGUCAAGGACCUCGAUGAAGCAACCAACGCCGUGCAAGUCACAGCAGCGAAAGAUCUCGAUCGUAGCCGAAGAGAUCUCGAGGCGAAGAAACGUGUCGAGGAUUACCAGAACGGGCUCGGGAUCCGUUCGAAAUUGUGA